UGUCUGGGUUGCGUUUGGGCAGAGGGGGGGAACAACUGGCCGGGCAAAGGAGGAGGAUGAGGCGGUUGAAGAGCUGUGGGGGAAGAAGCUGUGGCUUCUUAAACUUGCAAACGAUGUCACUUUUCGACGGUAGGUUGGUUACGAUGACAAGGUGAGUGACGUUCUGACCAGCCAGGAUGAACCAGACGAUGGAGAAGAUGGCCAAGAUGGGAGAAUCAGAGUAUACACACUUGAUCCGCGUGGCGUUUGGGCAGACGACCCCUCUGUCCGCCACCGACGCGGGCGACGAGACCCCCGACUUCUUCGACCCGACGCUCAACGACUCGCAGAAGGAGGCCGUGCGGUUCGCCCUGGCUGCGGGGGAGGUUGCUCUCAUCCACGGCCCGCCGGGCACGGGCAAGACGCACACGCUGAUCGAGCUGAUCCGCCAGCUGGUGCGGCGCGGGCUGCGCGUGCUGGUCUGCGGGCCGUCCAACGUCUCGGUGGACAACAUCGUCGAGCGCCUGGUGCCGCACGGGGUGCCCGUCGUGCGCGUGGGACACCCGGCACGUCUGCUUCCCUCGGUGCUGGACCACUCGCUCGAGGUGCUCACGCAGACCUCGGACGCCGCGGCCAUCGUGCAGGACGUGCGCCGCGAGAUGGACGAGAAGCAAGCCAGCAUCCGCAAGACGCGGACGGGCCGCGAGCGCCGUGCCAUCUACCAGGAUCUCAAGGAGCUGCGGCGCGAGUUCCGCGACCGGGAAGCCAAAUGUGUCGACAAUCUGGUCCGCGAGAGCAGUGUCGUCCUGGCCACCUUGCACGGCGCCGGAAGCCACCAGCUGCGCAACCAGCGCUUCGACGUCGUCAUCAUCGACGAGGCGAGUCAGGCGCUCGAAGCGCAGUGCUGGAUCCCGCUGUUGCCUGCUUCCAAGGUUGUCCUGGCGGGCGACCACCUGCAGCUCCCGCCGACGAUCAAGUCCGACCGACCGAAGACAGGCGACAGGGUCCAGACUGCGCUGGAAAGGAUGAUGGGCGAUCUCAGCGUGCAGGACGGGGAGGUCGCCCGCAAGAUUGCUCUGCAAACGACGCUGUUUGAUCGCCUGUUGGCGCUGCACGGCCCGGGCAUCAAACGGAUGCUGACGACGCAGUACCGGAUGCACGAGCGAAUCAUGCGGUUCCCCUCUGACGAAUUGUACGAGGCCAAGCUGGUCGCCGGGGAGGCCGUGCAGGCGCGGCUGCUGACGGGCUUACCGUACGAGGUCCAGGACACGGACGACACCCGCGAGCCCCUCGUCUUCUGGGACACGCAGGGCGGCGACUUCCCGGAGCGGAGCGAAGGCGACGAGAUGGGCAAUCGCCAAGCCCUCCUGGGGGGCGAGAGCAAGAGCAACGAGAUGGAGGCAGCCGUGGUCGCGCGCCACGUCGCCGCGCUGGUCGCCGCGGGCGUGCGGCCGGACGACAUCGCCGUCAUCACCCCGUACAACGGGCAGCUGGCGGUGCUGGCGCGGCUGCUGCGCGACAAGUAUCCGGCCCUGGAGCUCGGGAGUGUUGACGGCUUCCAGGGUCGUGAGAAGGAGGCUGUCGUCGUCAGUCUGGUGCGCAGCAACGCCGAACACGAAGUGGGCUUUCUGGCCGAGAAGAGGCGGUUGAACGUGGCCAUGACGCGGCCCAAACGCCAUCUGUGCAUUUGCGGUGAUUCCGAGACCAUCAGUCGGGGCAGCAGUUUUCUGAAACGAUGGAUGGCCUUUCUCGAAGAGCACGCAGAUCUCCGCUAUCCGGAUGCCAGCGAGCUGAUGUAGAGAUUCAAGACUUCUGGUUUGCAAUGGUCGCCAACACCAAAGCGCUAUGACUAGAGCAAAGAUUCAUUCUCUAUUUUGAAGGGCAAUGCAUCACUGUGUU